AUGUCCGUUCUCCCGAAAAAAAGAACCGCCAACAAGCAGGCCGGCCGCGGCAGUUCCGCCAUUAUCCACGACCUCUCCAGCAAGGCCCGGGGCGCGUCCGACCGGGCGGUUUCCGGCCCCCGCAGAAAGCCGCUGGGCGCCCGGCACGCCAGCAGGGGCGACAUGUUUGUGGCCGGCGACGACGCGGGCGCCAACCUGUCGUUUGCCGAGGACGCCAUCCAUUUCCACGAAAACAGGUCCACGAUCAUGCUGAACUUCGAGGAGUGGAUCAAGCUCUCCACGGACAACAAGAUCACGCUGAAAAACUCGUGGCACUUUGCGCUCAUCGACUACUUCCACGACCUCAACGUGAUCAAGGACGGCGACAACAUCAACUUCCAGCGGGCCCUGGCCACGUUGGACGGCUGUGUGAAGAUCUACCUGAGCCGCGUGGAGUCCGCGGCCUCCGAGACCGGCAAGUUGUUGAGCGGGCUCGCGGCCAAGCGCGGCCACGCGGACCGCGGCCCUGAGCUGCUGGACGACGACGCCGAAUCUGCCGCCGGGGACGCCGUUCUUGCGGGGGGCAAGAAGGAGCGCCGGCUCAACCGCGUGGUGGCGCUGACGCUCGUGCCGUUCGACGCGGUGCGCGUGCGCAAGUUGGACCAGGAGUUGGCCAUCGACCCGCUUUUCAAGAAGGCGCUAGCGGAGUUUGACGAGGGCGGCGCCAAGUCGUUGUUGCUCAACACGCUCCACAUCGACGCCCUGGGGCGCGUUGUUUUCGAUGCCACCAGCAGCCUGCGGGCGGCCGGCGCUGGCCCGGGGAAGCCACCUUUCGAGAAUGGGCCUGUUUCUGGAAAUGGGCCCGUUACUGGAAAUGAGCUAGCUUCUGGAAAUGAGCUAGUUUCUGGCAAUGAGCCCGUUCCUGAAAAUAAGCCCGUUUCUGGCCAGCCCGCCCCCGCGGCCGUGGACCUCGCGCCCCUCAAGCAGCUCGUGUACGCCGGCGCCGCCGACCUCGCCGCGUACGAAAUCUCGCCCUCCAUGCGCCAGUUGAAGGCCGUCUUGCGCGACGUCUCCCAGGCCCGCGCCAUCCUCACGGACGUCAACCGCAAGUUCGUGGGCGACGACGACGAACACGCCGACAAUGCCCAGCCAUCCCAGCCCGACCAGCCAUCCCAGCCCGACCAGCCAUUCCAGCCCGACCAGCCCGACGCGGGCUUGGAGCUCGACUUGGGCUGGGACUUCGACGAGCCGCGCCUGCCCGCCGCGGCCGCCGCGGAUUACGAGCACGAUCUCCAGGCGCUGCUGCUGCCCAUGGCCCUCGGCUCGCGCCACGCGCCGCCGCCGCUCGCCAAGGAGCAGGUGCUAGACCUGGACUUGAUGGCGUACUUUGACGAGCGCAUGAAAACCAACUGGCGCGGCCCCGAGCACUGGCGCGUGACGGCGCUCAAGCGGGCCAAGAACAUCGGCGCCGGCACGGGAUUGCAGGCCGCCGUGCCCGCGGUGCCGGCCGGCCCCCGCAAGCCCAAGAAGGAGCAGGUGCUCAUCGACUUCUUUGCCGACGACGACGACGACGCCGUGGAGGACAUGUUCCGCCGGGCCCGCGGUGCCGCGGCCUCCAGCCGGCGGCCCGAGCACCGGCGGCCCGCCCACCGCCACCUCUUGCCCGAGGACAUCCAGUUCAACUCGCAGCGGUUGGUGACGCUUUUCUUGAAGCCGCACAAGAGCAUCGUGGCGCCCGCGGCCGCGGCCGGCUCUCCGCGAGGGGCCAGCCGCGAUACGUACACGGACGAGCAGUACUUUGCGGGCGUGUACGAGGAGCGCGAGAAGGGCCUCGCGGAGGACGAGCGCCAGGAGAAGCUCGCGCUCUCGUUCCACCAGGCGGAAAUGGACGACUGCGACAAUGACGACUACGGUGCCAUCGACUUCAACGACGUGCUCGAGCCGGGCGCGCCCGGCGCGGUCAAGGACGAGCCCAGCAGCCAGCUCGUGAGCCGCAAGGCGCGGCCCGAGUACGUCAACUACCUGCGCGUGGCCAAGCGCGUGGACAUCAAGUUGUUGAAGGACAAUCUAUGGGCGUCCAUCAAGCGCGAGCCUGCCGACGCGAGCCUGCCGGCGCCCGAGCCGCCGUGCCUGGCGGACGGCAACCAGAAGACCUUCCGCGACGUCGUGGACGUGAUUGGCUCCAUGUACCGGCCCGAGGAGAAGAAGGAUUUGUCGACGAGCUUCUGCUUCAUCUGCCUCUUGCACUUGGCCAACGAGCACGGGCUCGCGUUGCUGGCCACGGAGCAGCACGACAACAUGGUCAUCUCGGGCUUCUAG